UGUCAGUCCUCUUCCAGGUCCUCGUCAAAGUCUCGUGUUGUUGCUCUGAACCUCAGCGGAGGCUCCGGAGUCCAGAUCGAGUCCCGCGCGCCCGAGGAGCCACCGGAUCCGCUCCCUCACGCGCAGCCACCGGCCUCCUGCACCCGGACAGCGACGUGUGACCGGGGGAGACGCGGAAGGAGAGGAAUCCACCUGGAGCUGCAGCCGCACGCGGGAGAGUCUCCCAGCGCCUCACCCCCAGUCCCAUCAUCCGCUGCUACUGGUGCUGCUGGUGCUGCUGGAGCGGGAUUAUCCACAAAUCCUGCCCGCCUCCAACGCGAGCCACACGGGGAACGCUGGAGACUUGUUGCGCGUAAUUCGGCGGAACGCGCCAGCUCAUCCAAGUGGUUCCUGGCCGUGCGUGCGAUGUUUUGAUCUGAGACGUGUCCGCGGUGCCAGAAGGGACCGAGAGCAACUGGGACUCUCAGCCUGAAACCAGCUCCUGUCCGCGCCCAGUGAGGAUGAGAACAUCCGACCACAGCCAACCAAACCCGGGUGAUUAGUGUCCCUCCGAGCCGCUGCCGCACGGAGCCAGUUCCUCCGGUCGAUGGCACCGACUCUCAGCCAAGUCAAACUUUAUCAGACCCCACUUCAUUAGAGUCUCUUCCUCUUCAUCCUCAUCAUCCUCCCUCUUCUUCCUCCUCGUCGAGCCGCUUCUCCUCAUCGACAUGUCUGAGAGAGACGGGCACGGGGACGCGCUGUGCGGGGACGCAGCUCCGGACUUCAUCCCGCCGAGGGCGUCCCGCGGCCGGCGGAGCGGAGUGGUCCUCCCCGGAGGCGGCGGCCAGGACACUGACACCAUCCUCCUGGAGUCCGUGAGGACGGCCCCGCGCCGGAGCAGCAUCAUCAAGGAUCCCUCGGUGCAGAAAGUGGGCGGCGGCAGGAAGAAGACGGUGUCCUUCAGCAGCAUGCCCUCUGAGAAGAAGGUGAGCAGUGCGGCCGACUGCCUGGCCUUCAUGCAGGGCGGCUGUGAGCUGAAGAAGAUCCGGCCCAACUCCAGGCUCUACUGCCGGUUCUACACCCUGGACCCGGACCUGAGCUGCCUGCGCUGGGAGCCGUCGAAGAAGGACGGGGAGCGGGCCCGGCUGGACGUGUGCAGCGUCCGGGAGGUCCGCACCGGGAAGAGCACCGAGACCUUCCUCCACAACGGGCCCCUGUGUGAGCAGCUGGCCGAGGAGGCAGCCUUCUCCAUCAUACAUGGAGACGACUACCAGUCUCUGGACCUGGUUGCACUGUCUGCUGAUGUGGCCAACAUCUGGGUGACGGGCCUGCGCUACCUGCUGGCCCACCCGUCUGUGAUCGGCGGGGCCGGGGGAGGUGGGGGAGGAGGCCUGGGGGAAGGAGGGGUGGUGGCGGUCGACGGAAGCCUGGGCAGCAAGAUGAGGAGCGAGUGGCUGGCGGCGGAGUUCGGCCAGGUGGACGAAGACGGCUACGGCAUCGUGUCGGAGGACGUCGCGGUCGCCACCAUCUGCAAACUGUGUCCCGGCAUCAGGGAGGCGAAGGUGCGUCUGCGUUUCAAAGAGAUCCAGCGCAGCAAAGAGAAGCUGACCUCCCAUGUGACCCGGGAGGAGUUCGAGGAGGCCUUCUGCGAGCUCUGCACCCGGCCCGACGUCUACUUCCUCCUGGUGCAGCUGUCCAAGGACCGCGAGUGUCUGGACCCCCAGGACCUGCGUCUCUUCCUGGAGACGGAGCAGGGUUUGUCCCUGGCCACGGCCGAGGGCUGCUGGGAGCUGCUGAGGCGCCACGAGCCGUCGGCGCAGGGCCGGGAGCGGGGGCUGAUGGGUCUGGACGGGUUCGCUCGCUACCUGCAGUCGCCCGAGUGUCAGCUGCUGGACCCGGAGCACCUGGGGGUGUGUCAGGACAUGAACCUGCCGCUGUCCCACUACUACGUCAGCACCUCGUACCGCUCGUACCUGCUGGAGGACCAGGUCCACGGCAGAGCCGACCUCGGAGGCCUGAUCAAGUCCCUGCAGUCUGGUUGUCGGUGCCUGGAGCUGGGAGUGACCGACGGCCCAGAGGGGGAGCCCCUGCUGGGGGUGGACUACGGGCCAGAAGUCCCCCGCCACCAUCACCACCACCACCACCACCAUCACCACCAUGCUCCUGUGACCAUCCGCUCUGCUCUGGAGGUGGUGAACAAGUACGCCUUCCUGACCUCCCAGUACCCGCUCCUGGUGUACCUGUGCCAGCGCUGCUCCCCGGCCCAGCAGCGCACGAUGGCCCAGCACCUGAAGAAGGUGUUCGGCUCCCGUCUCUUCACGCCGGAGGCCCUGCCCGUCUGCCUGGGGGGGCGAGCCACCACCCUGCCCUCCCCCGAGCAGCUGAAGGGCCGCAUCCUGCUGGUGGGGAAGAAGCUGCCUCCGGAGCAGCAGGGGUCAGACGGCGAGGUCUCUGAGGAGGAUGAGGAGAUAGGAGGAGGAGGGCCGUUGGCAGGGCGGCGAAUGACCAUCCCCGGUGAGGAGGAACUGGGCGUGGUCCUGGUGGUGCCUCCGCCCUCUCAACCCCGGAAGCUGCGUCUCCACAAAGAGCUGUCAGACCUGGUGGUCAUCGGUCGGACCGGCAGCCGCAGCUUCUACGCCCAGAGGGGGAGUCACAAGCACGCUCAGCAGCUGUCCCCCCCCAGCAGCCCCUCCUCCCCCGGCACGCCGCUGCCCCCCGAGCCGCCUUACUGGACCCUGUGCUCCCUGGGGGAGGGAGAGGGCGGGCGGCUGACCAGCGAGAGCCCCGAGGACCUGGUCAUGUUCACAAAGCGCACUUUAACCCGGGUGCGGCCCAGCUCAGUGCGCCUGGACUCCAGCAACCCCAACCCACAGGGGUACUGGAAGGGAGGGGUCCAGCUCGUGGCCUUGAACCAGCAGACCCCCGGCGCCAUGCUGGACCUCCACCGAGGCCGCUUCUCGCAGAACGGGGGGUGUGGCUACGUGCUGCGUCCGGCGGUGAUGAGGGACGAGGUGUCGUACUUCAGCGCCCACACUCAGGGGUGUGUCCCGGGGGUUCCUCCUCAGACGCUCCGCAUCAAGGUCAUCAGCGCCCACAACCUGCCCAAGCCUCAGGGGUCGGGGGCGAAGGGAGAGGUCAUCGACCCCUACGUGGUCCUGGAGCUGCACGGCGUCCCGGCCGACUGCGCCGAGCAGCGGACUCGAACCGCCGCUCAGAACCAGGACGACCCGCUGUUCGAUGAGACCUUCGAGUUCCAGGUCAACAUGCCGGAGCUGGCCUUGCUGCGCUUCGUGGUUUUGGACGACGACUACAUCGGAGACGACUUCAUCGGCCAGUACAGCGUGGCCUUCGAGUGCCUUCAGCCUGGCUACCGCAACGUGCCCCUGCUGGGCCUGGUGGGAGACCCCCUGCCCCACACCAGCCUGUUUGUCCACGUGGCCGUCACCAACCGGCGAGGCGGCGGCAAGGCCCAGCGCCGGGGCCUGUCGGUGAGGAGGGUGGGCCGGCGGGGGAGGGACCACGUCACGCUGAGGCACACCAGCAUCAAGGUGGUGGACGAGACCUUCAAGACGGCCGGCGGCGCCCUGAAGGAGGCGGCGGAGCUGAGGGACGACGCUCAGAGCACAACGGCCAGUUUCAAGGAGCAGUGUGGGCUCCCCACGGUGGCCAAGCUCAAGCAGUGCAUCCAGAGCCUGGCCACCAGGCUGCAGAGCCCCGAGGGGCCCUUGGGGGCCACCAUGGUGCUGAGGGAAGGCUACCCCUGUCUGGAGCCGCUGGCCAACCUGUCGGAGCCGACACGCAAACUGCUCAGCGCCUACGACACGAUGAUCGCUGCUCAGAAGCAGCUGAUCGAGAACGCAGACGCCGUCCAGGAGAGGAUCGCCCAGGUGCAGAGAGAAGGCAUGGACUUCCACGAGGACCUGUCCCGGCUCGGGGAGAAGGACGGACUGAAGGGACGGAAGCUGUGCAAAGCUGUGGAGAGCUUCACCUGGAACAUCACUGUCCUGAAGGGUCAGAGCGAUCUGUUACGAGGAGCCAAGGUGGAUUCCCUGGACGCUCUGCGGCAGCUGGCUCUGGCCUGUGAAGCCUGCGGACUCACCUCCUCCUCCUCCUCCUCCUCCUCCUCCGCCAACUCCUCGUCCUUCUCCGCUGCCGAGCUGCACUACUCCUCCCACUCGCUGUCGGGCCGCCGCAGCAGCACGCACGGAAACGGACGCAUUUGACCCGGCUGGCUGCCCCCGGGUCCAGCACGCUGCCAAAGACGGAGAGAGAGAGUAAAUACAGAGGAUGUGAGAGAGACAGAGAACAGCAGGGCGGAGGAGGUGGAGGCCCCAGAGGAGGAAUCUCUGUCCCCAGUGUGUAGACUUGCCUAGAACAGUUUAUCUGUUAAAGCCUUAACGUGAGUUCAUCCAUUUAUCACUGACGCUCCCGCCCGAGGAGAAGCUUCUCCUGAAUGUCCUGAAUCAGAGGUGGAGAAGCAGACGUGGCUCCUCCACCCUCCGACGGCUCCUGCUCCACUUUCUGAGAGACCCGUAGAAAUCAUAGACACCUGGAUAGUGACCAUGGCGCUGUGGUAGAGCGGGUGUUUACAGACCUGAUGGUGUUUUAGACGUAGAGAAUGUGGAGCUGACGGAUUGAGAUCCAGCCUCAGCAGAUCAGUCCUGGGGGAACCUCUGUGUGGGGCCAUUACAGAACGGGUUGAAUUGAGGGAUAGAAGUAAAGAUGAAGAUUUGUAGUAUAAUAAUACUUUCAAAAGUUUUUUAUUUUGAGAUGUAACUGCAGUCGAUGCAACUGAACUUUAGACGAAGCUUCAUGUAAAGAAAAUGUCCUUCUACAGCUAAAGUGAUAAAGAAGAAGCUUUAAACUAACGUGAGCUUAACGUGAUUGACUCUGCUCAAGAUGAUUGACAGUUAUUAACAGCAACUGGAUUGGCUGGACACGCCUCCUGGUCUCCAAACACUUUGUCUGUUACUGAAAAAAACAAAAAACAUCCUAAAUACCAACAGUUAUAAAUGAGAUCUGAGAGUUUGCAGACGUAAAGUCAAAUUAAUCAAGUUAUUUGUCUGAUUUUUCUAAUUAAUUCCGUCUCUUCUCUUGGUAAAUAUUUCAUUUUCAUAACUAAAAACUGAGCUCCUGAGCCGUUUUCUGUCUGAGGCCGGUUGCUCUGAUACAGAUGAAUUGUGUAGUGUGUUGACUAAGCAGUGGACACACACACAGACACACACACAGGUCACUGGUCUCUCCCCUCUGUUCACACUGGUCGAGGGCCCGGCUGUAACGUGAGGAGGUGUAGUGGAUCCGACCUGUACGGUAACUGGAGAAGUCCUUGUGUGUUUACUGUAGUACUACAUGUGUGUAUGUGUAGAAGUACAUGUGGGGAUCACACAACCUCCUCGUCCACGUGUGGGUCUGUGUGUGUUUGUGUGUACAAGCCACAGAUUCCCCGCAGCGUUGAUGAAGUUUAAGAUGUAGCAAUAAUAAUAGUUGUGAGUUAUGAAACGUUGUGUUUAACUCAUGAAUGAUUGAAAACAACACAACUAACUGGUGUCAGCAGGUGCUACUGGUCUCGUGGUUGUGCGUACCUGUCGGUGACGUUGGCGUUCCUCGAAGCCUUUUGAGUGUAACUGUGUUUCUCUUAGAACAAACACCUGGUUCUCGUUCUCUUAACCGAGCUUUUGUACGUUCUCUUGUUUCUUGUGAUGCUGCGUUUGAACCAAACUUGACUCAAGUGAUGCUAACACACAGGACUAAGCUAACGGGACUAGCUAGACCUCCUUCAAUGCUGUCCCACGUCCAUGUCCUCACCUCUCCAGUGAUUUCCAUGCCUCAGUUCUUUAGAGUCAAUGUCUCGGAAAAGCUAAAUUAUCUUUAAAAUAUAAGGUUUUGAAAUCAGAAAGAAACAUUUUGUGUUUUUGCGGGAUGAUAGAGCAGCCGAACAUGUAGAGGACACAAACUAAGACCAGGAGACUCCAGAGCUUUUUGGUGAAGAGGCCGACGCCGGUGUGGAUGAGCUGUAAACAAAACCACUCCACCCCUCGCAUGAAUGUUCCCCUCCAUUUCCUGUUGUUGUGAACGAGUCGGACCCGAACAAUCUCCUGCUGCGUUCUUCACAUGUGAAACUCAAACUGGAUCUGGAGCUUUCUGUGAGUUCAUGUCUGAAAACAGCUUCGAGCGUUUGAAGAAAGCAAAGUGCAGCAGCAGCGGAGGAGGAGGAGGAGAAGAAGAAGACGUGUUGAACGUUUAUCAGAGACGUGGUCGAGACACUGAGGUCUAACUGAAGGGCUUAUUCAGAACUGUUCUGAGGGACUAACCCAUCUUCUCAUCCGGUGUUCUGUUGCCUUCACUCAUCCGUGUGCUCCUCCAUCUCCUCCUGUAAAACCAUUAACCUCCGUCAUGCCUCCACCGCUCUGCAUCCUGUGGUUCCUGCUGCUCCUCCCGAGGCUCCAGGUGGGGAGCGACUGAGCCGACGCACUGAGUCACUCACAGCCAGAGGAGGAAGUUGACCUGAUAACAUUUCCAGGCCAGCGAUUCCCUGUGUGUGUGUGUGAGAGAGAGAGAGAGAUAAAAAGAGAGAGAGAGAGAGAGAAAGACUGAGACACUUCUAAAAGUAGAAGACAUUGUGGAGAGAGCAAAGGUUGAAGGGUGACAGAGGAAGAGGAGGAGGAGGAGGAAGGGGCUGUUGUUGGAUUAACGUUAGGUUGCAUGGCUGCACACCUGCAGAGCCUCAUAAUUGGCCGUGAGCAACAGACAGAGCGACAGCACCUGCUGUGUUGCUCUAUUAAUAUCACCGUGACUCACUGGAGGCUUCGGGAUGUGUGUGUGUGCCGUGUGCUCGUGUCUGUCAUGAUACCGCGGUGCCCUGGUUCCUGGCCCGUGAUGCAAACUGGCUCUCCUGCUUUCACAGUCACGGCCAAACGACCACGCCACGUUUCCUCCUGAACGCACUGAGGCCGAGCGGCACUGAGGCAGAGCGGCACUGAGGUGGAGGAUCAGGAUUUGUGAGGAUCAUAAGAAGCUUCCUCUCUCAGGUCUGUUUACCUGCAGGUGCAUUAAUGAUGCAUCAGCUCCAGUAAAACAAACCACAGUAUUAGGUUCCUGUGUUCCGGUUUACACGUCUCCUGACAUGAACAUAGAUCUGGGUCAAAGAGCAGGAUUCACUUCACCUCAGGACAUGUAGGUCACAGGGUUUGGUGGUGAUGGUGGACAGUGGGGGGGCUCAGGUGUCAGUAAUUAGCUCCUUUCUAGUUAAGUUAAAGCUCAUUAGAAACAGUGGCACUUUGCUUUUCCCAUCAAGAUCCCUGAACUCUUCCCUGAGCUGAAGUGGAAAUGUCUCCAAACGCCCGAGGACGUUAGAGACAGAGAAAGAAAAGAAUCCUGGAUCUGCCCUUUGUCAGAAUCUUUAGAAGAGACAGAAACAUAACGUCCUUGGUGUUGGUAAUAAUUCAUAAGGCGUUAACUUUAGACUGAAAAUACAUUCUAUAUUAUAUUUACAGUCUAUAAUAACAAAGAGGAUCUGUAGACAGUGAUGCAAGUGGACGUUUGUCAGGAAGCUGCUGGAUCGGAGCUGGAGGAUCCAAACAGGACCUCACCUGUGUGUCCUCCAUGAUUUAACACAGACUCACCCUUGUGUUCGAACUGUUUGGAUGGAGUGUCUCUUUGCAUCUUCCAGGCAGCUGCUGGUCCCAGUUCAGGUCAGCUGCUGGUCCCAGUGCAUGUCAGCACAGCGUUGAAUCAUCUCACUGAGACUCGCCCGAGGUCUGAAUCUGUUUCAGUCGACUUCCUGUUGGGUUUGGUUCCUGCUCAGGAAGUUAGGAUAUCAUAUUGUUCUGAUGCAGAUGACGACUCAGCCGGAAGAACAACUGCAUUUCAAUUGAGUCCCUGUUUUCAUUUGUGUUAUUGAACAAAGAUAAUAAAAGUUUUUUAAUAAACAAAACAAACAUGAUGUUCAGGGGGAUGGAUUUCAGGUCCUUUGUGUUUGAAGAGAUGGAAAUUUGAAGUAAUCUUGCAGAAACUAAAGUAUGAUCCUUUAAAAGUGUGUUUCAGGAACAACGCUCUUCAUCCUCUCACACUCUUCAUCCUCUCACACUCUGCUCUUCAUUCUCUCACACUCUGCUCUUCAUCCUCUCACACUCUUCAUCCUCUCACACUCUGCUCUUCAUCCUCUCACAAUCUGCUCUUCAUCCUCUCACACUCUGCUCUUCAUCCUCUCACACGCUUCAUCCUCUCACACUCUGCUCUUCAUCCUCUCACACUCUUCAUCCUCUCACACUCUGCUCUUCAUCUUCUCACAAUCUUCAUCCUCUCACACUCUGCUCUUCAUCUUCUCACAAUCUUCAUCCUCUCACACUCUUCAUCCUCUCACACUCUGCUCUUCAUCCUCUCACACUCUUCAUCCUCUCACACUCUGCACUUCAUCCUCUCACACUCUUCAUCCUCUCACACUCUGCUCUUCAUCUUCUCACAAUCUUCAUCCUCUCACACUCUUCAUCCUCUCACACUCUGCUCUUCAUCCUCUCAAACUCUUCAUCCUCUCACACUCUGCUCUUCAUUCUCUCACACUCUGCUCUUCAUCCUCUCACACUCUUCAUCCUCUCACACUCUGCUCUUCAUCCUCUCACACUCUUCAUCCUCUCACACUCUGCACUUCAUCCUCUCACACUCUUCAUCCUCUCACACUCUGCUCUUCAUCCUCUCACCCUCGUCCUCCUCUCGUCUCUGCACUUUGCUUCCUUCCAGACACUCUACCCCACCACGAGUUCCUUUGCAGUAUUGAAAAUCGAGUGUUUACCUCUGUCACCAGCGUGAUGUUCAGUAUCUGUCGCACCCUGAGCCCUGACACCUGGACCCCGGUCGAGGCUCGGCUCCGUCUCCCACUCGGUUUGGAGCUGGUGGGGUGAGGGUGGGGUGGGGUGGCGGGGGCGGAUGCCUGUGAGCAGGGUGCUGCGUUCAGGGUGCGUCGUGUCAAACCCACACGUCUUAACCUGGAGCUUCACCUCUCCGUGCUCCUCAGUGUGUGAUGCUGCUUCUCAGAUCAAAUCGUGAUAGACGUUUGAAUAAUCGGAGAGUUGUGUAAUACUUGCCAUCGUGAUGUGGACACAGUUGUAUCUUGGCGGUGUGUAACUUAGGUUGUGUAUUAACGUGGCAUCUGCAGUGUGCGUGUUGGCUUGUGACUCCAGCGCUGACCUUUAACCCCGUGUUGGUUCCUCCACUGUAUGUUUUUGUAAAAGAGAAAAGAGAAGAAGAAAAAAAACUCCAGAUGAAGUAAAAUAUUUAUUGAAGUGUGUUUUAAAAGAAAAACAUAAAUAAACAUAAUGAAUUAAUAGACCUCGCUUUUAUUUUGAAAAGCUACUGUGUUUUCUAUCUUACAAGUAAUCAAAUAUAACAAGAGUCUGUAUCCCAGAAUAAAUAAAGUUCUCUUUUCCUGACCA